AUGAUGAACGUGAUGGGCGCUGGAGAAAUAAGAAGAAGUCCUUCGGGAGACCGAUACAGAAACAGAAAGCGAGAAGGCGCGGCAAAUAAGGUGGGAUCAGGCGCGUUUAGGCGAGAAGGCGUUUAGGUAUCGAAGAAAAGCGGCGUUAGCGGAGCAAGCGAGAAAGAAGUUUCGGCGAAAGGGGGUGGGGUGGGGGGUUGUGAAAUGCAAGCAAGGAUGCAGAGGUGGUGCGACAGGCGAAUCAGGACCAGUUUCAGGUGUGCACUCACGUCAUAUCCACGUUGCUACGAGUAGUAUUCGACGGAUCGGAAUAGAAAGAAGAGGAGGAGAAGAAGAAAAAGAGGAAGAAGAAUAAAAGGAGGAGAGACACGGCGUGUUUGGGGCCUUUCUUGCCGCUUAUUAAAAGUCCAUUCCAGGGUUUAGGUUUGUUCAGCCGAGGACAAAGGCGAUUGAAAGAAAAAGGAAGCAUGUUCGUUCGAGCGUUGUCGGUGUUUUUGUUGGUGAGUGCGGUGACUCUGAGCAGAGGGCAGUUCCGAUGUCCCGAGCCAAAGGGUUUCUUCCCGGAUCCCGAGCAGUGCGAUCUUUAUUACGCCUGCGUGGAUGGCAAGCCGGAGGAGAAACUGUGCAAGGAUGGCCUCGUCUUCAGGGAUGACAACCCCAAGAAGGAACUCUGUGAUAUUCCAGCCAACGUGCCUUGCGGAGAUAGGAAUCUCCUUCAGGAGCCGCAGACGAGUAAAGGAUGUCCACGGGCCAAUGGCUAUUUCAAGCACGAGGAUCCAACGGCUUGCGACCGUUUCGUGAACUGCAUCGACGGCGUGGCACAGACAAUGCCCUGUCCACCCGGCUUGAUCUACGAGGACAAAAUGUCGAGCUGCGUUUGGCCGGCCGAUGCGAGCAGGCUGUGCGAGAACGUGAAGAGGGACGUUCUGGACGAUGGAUUCGUCUGUCCGGACGGCGACGUGCCCGGGCCGCUCGGUAGGAUUCUGCCGCAUCCAACGUAUCCUCAUCCGGACGACUGCGCCAAGUUCUACAUCUGCAAGAACGGCGUGGUGCCGCAGAAAGGGCAAUGCGAGCCUGGCACCGUUUACAGCGAGGACAGCUUCAAGUGCAUGGACCCGGAGAACGUGGCUGGAUGCGAGGACUACUACAAAAACAAGAGUUGAACAGCGACUGAAGGUGCCAGUCAGAUACGUCUGUAACGCUUAAUCUUUUUACACGUACGAUUAGGGGGAACAAUAAAUGAGCAGCCUUUGCGUACAACACCCACGAUAAUUACAUUCCUUCCUCCUUAUGUAAAUACAGCACAUGACUUUGUCAAAUGAAGCAAGAAAGGCGUUGUUCAUCGUUUCAAGGAAUUGUGGAAUUUCUCAAAAGAAACUGUGGAUCAAAUAGGCUCUAGCCAGGGUUUCUCCAAGCGUCGACUGCAUGGAAAGGAAUUUAUUGAAUAACGAGUAAUGACAGCUUUUGGCCGGGAUCGUUGAUAAUUGAUCUUGUUUGAAUACAAUGAGCGAUGCAUA